AUGGAAUAUAAGGGAUUCUCGUUCUCUGCCUCGAAUUUCUUCCUGGCUUUGUUUCUUUUCCUGCUGCGCACCAGCUAUGGAGACGUGACCUAUUCUUUUCCGGAAGAGAUGAAACGCGGAUCUGUGAUCGGGAAUAUAGGCAAGGAUCUCGGAUUGGAUCCAAAACGACUGUCCGUUCGAAAAGCUCGCCUAGAAAUGGAUGGUAGUAGCACACUCUAUUGUGACAUUAACCUAAUCACUGGCGACCUGAUUGUUGCUGAGAGAAUGGACAGGGAGCAGCUCUGUGGCAGAAGGGUUUCGUGUGUAUUGAAAUAUGAAAUGGUGCUCGAGAAUCCUUUAGAAUUACACCGCGUCGUUCUUCAGAUACAAGAUAUUAAUGACAAUUCACCACAAUUCGCGAACGAUCGUAUUACGUUUGAGAUCAGAGAAUCGGCAGCUAAAGGCGCCCGAUUUGUGGUUAAUCAGGCUCACGAUGCAGAUAUAGGACUGAACGCCGUUCAAAGGUACACACUACAAAGGAACAGCCAUUUCAGUUUGGCAUUGCAUACCAAUCCUGGUGGGGUAAAAUAUGGCGAGUUAGUAUUAGAGAAAGAACUGGAUAGAGAAAAAGAGCAGGAGGUGACGUUAUUACUUACUGCGGUUGAUGGUGGGACUCCACAGAGAUCUGGUACUGUAGUUAUACACGUUACUGUGCUGGAUGCUAAUGACAAUAUUCCAGUGUUUAGGCAGAACGUUUAUAAGGUCAGUCUGCCCGAAAAUUCUCCCUUUGGCACUGUAGUAGUUACUGUAAGCGCCACAGAUGCUGACGAGGGACAAAAUGGGGACGUGAUGUAUGAAUUCGGCCCCAUCUCUAAUGAAUUGAAUGACUUGUUUUCUCUUGACCCCAAAACUGGAGACAUCAGCAUAGCAGGACAGGUGGAUUUCGAAAAGGAGUCGAUAUAUGAAUUGAGUAUCCAAGCCAAAGAUGGCUCAGGUUUGACAUCCUUUGCCAAUGUGGUCAUAGAAAUUAAAGAUGUGAAUGACAAUGCACCAAUAAUAUAUAUCAAAUCCCUUAGCAAUCCAAUCCCUGAGAAUGUUUUACUUGGUACAGAGGUGGGCAUCAUUAAUGUACAGGAUAAAGACUCUGGGGGAAAUAGACAGGUCCGCCUCUCCAUUCAACAAAAUGUUCCAUUCAAAUUAAACCCCUCGAUCAAAAACUAUUAUUCUCUGGUAACAACUAGUGAACUAGACCGUGAGAUAAUAUCAGAUUAUAUCAUAAAUAUCACUGCCACUGACGAGGGGUCUCCACCCUUAUCCUCCUCAAAGACUAUUCAUUUAUCUGUGUCAGACGUGAAUGACAACCCACCUGUGUUUGAAGAACAAUGCUACAGCUCCUAUGUGACUGAGAAUAACAAGCCUGGCUCCUCUAUGUGUUCUGUUACUGCCAGAGACCCAGACUGGAGACAGAACGGCACAGUGGUCUAUUCUCUAUUGCCCAGUGAGGUCAACGGUGUUCCGGUGUCCUCAUUUUUAUCCAUCAACGGAGACACGGGGGUGAUCCAUGCUGUGAGAGCAUUUGAUUAUGAGCAGUUUAGGAGCUUCAAAGUCCACGUUGUAGCCAGAGACAAUGGUUCUCCUCCACUCAGCAGUAACGUGACUGUGAAUGUCUUCAUAACAGAUGAGAAUGAUAACUCUCCCCAGAUAUUAUACCCUGCUCCAGCAGGAAACUCCUUAAUGACUGAGAUGGUCCCCAAAGCUGCUCUGGCGGGGUCCCUGAUUUCCAAGGUGAUAGCUGUGGAUGCUGACUCUGGACAGAAUGCGUGGCUUUCAUAUCAGAUCGUAAAAUCGACUGAUCCGGGAAUUUUCACUAUUGGUCUCCACAGCGGAGAGAUCAGGGCACAGCGGGACAUUUCUGAAUCUGACAGUAUGAAGCAGAACCUUGUUAUAUCAGUGAAAGAUAACGGACAGCCCUCUCUCUCUACAACCUGUGAUGUAUAUUUACUCAUAUCAGACAACUUGGCUGAAGUUCCAGAACUGAAAGACAUUACUUAUGAGGACAGUUCCAAUCUAACUUCCUAUCUGAUCAUUGCACUGGUCUCUGUCUCCACCUUUUUUCUGACUUUCAUUAUUCUCAUCUUGGCCGUGAGGUUCUGUCGGAGGAGAAAGCCUAGAAUUAUGUUUGAUGGAGCAGUUGCCAUUCCCAGCGCGUAUUUCCCUCCCAACUAUGCAGAGGUGGACGGAGCUGGAACUCUGCGUAGUUCUUAUAAUUAUGAUGCAUACCUGACAACGGGCUCACGCACCAGUGACUUCAAGUUUGGCAGAUCUUAUAAUGACAGCACGCUGCUGGCUGAUCAGACACUGAAGAAGAAUCUAAAUGAACCUUUUGGAGAAAACAUAAUCACGUCCAACACCGUGGGUGAUUGUGAGGUGAGAUUUCACAGCAUGUGAAAAACUGAAAUGCUUUUGAUCCAGUUGUGCAUAUAUGAAGCUGUGUAACUAUCCAUGUGCAUAUAUCCUAUGAAGCAGUGUAACUAUCGUUUUGCAUACCCUAUGAAGCUCUGUAACUUUCGUUGUGCAUACACCAUGAAGCUCUGUAACUAUCGCUGUGCAUACCCCAUGAAGCUGUGUAACUAUCGUUGUGCAUACCCCAUGAAGCUGUGUAACUAUCGGUUUCUUGUUGAUCUUGUGCUCUUUUCAUAGUUAAAGUUUUUAGUUAUGUAGCCUAUUCAUACUUCUUCCCCCUCUUCUUGCUAUAUCAUUAUUCUCAGUUGUAGGCUAAUCUUAUUUCACAAGUGUUUACUCUUUGUACCUCGAAACGGCUUCUCUCUAAUUUGAUUCAGUGCCAUUUUGUCACUAAUAUUCUGAGAAUGUAUUCAUACCAACCAUCAUCCGAUUUCAAUGUGACCCAGUAGCCAACAACACAGGUAGGCCAGUUUCAGCACCAUGGACAGCGCCCCUUUCGGCAUUUAGUCUGUCUCCACACUGCAAACAAAAACUGCAAUGAGUGAAAGGCGUGAGAUAUGUUUGAAUACGUAAGUUAAUUUUGAAUGCAUAUUUUUUUUCCUGUAAUGAUAUUUGGAAAUACUUUGUGGACUUUAUAUUUUGAAGGUUGCGGUUACUUUACGUUGUUUAUCAGGCCAAACAGCAUUUGAUUCGAUUUAAAUGUUGUUGCCUCGUAUGGGCUCAGCUAGGACGGCAAGAGGUUCGUUGAAAAUUCAGUUUUCAAGAACAUGCAUUUAGAACGGUAUUUUUUGACAUAAUGUGAUAUUUAAAAUUUUAUCUAUGAACAUAAUUUACCCCUGCAUAGUUUUGUUUUCGAAUGCGUGGCAGCCUUUCCUCGAUAAAUUUGGUUGUAGACUUAAACAUGCUUUUCUGCAGUUUUGUGAAACUACACGUAGUGUCGCUAUUCACCAGCAAUAGCUUUUAAGUAUUUCUCUCCACCCAUUUGUAUAAUUUAAAGGGAGGAGACCUCAUAUUUUCAGUGUAAGGGAAGUCGCUUGCUUAACAUGUUAUAGGCUAGUGGAUUUAGCUUUCAGCCGUUAUGGACGUUUGUUUGGUUGGAUAGCGCUAUAAUUUACCACACCAUUGCAUCGGGAAUACGUUGUAUUAACUGAAAAUGGAAUGCAAAGGAUUCUCUGCCUCGAUGUUCUGCAUGGCUUGGUUUAUUUUCCUACUGCCUACCAGCUAUGGAGACGUGACCUAUUCUGUUCCGGAGGAGCUGAAAAGCGGAUCUGUGAUCGGAAAUAUAGCCAAGGAUCUGGGGCUGGAUGCAAAACGAAUAAUGUAUCGAAAAGCUUGCUUAGACGCUGAUGGUAGCAGGAAACGCCAUUGUGAAAUCGAUCUGAAUACUGGUGAUUUGGUCGUUGCUGAAAUAAUGGAGAGGGAACACCUUUGCGGUAGAAGGAUUUCAUGCAACCUAAAAUAUGAGAUGGUUCUGGAGAAUCCUUUAGAAUUACAUAACAUAAUUCUGCAGGUACAAGAUAUUAAUGAUAAUGCUCCACAAUUCUUGGAAGAUGUGAUGCAGUUGGAUAUCACAGAGUCAGCGGUUAAAGGGGCUCGGUUUGCGGUUAACCAGGCUCAUGAUGCAGAUAUAGGGCUGAAUUCUGUUCAAAGCUACACAAUACAAAAGAACGACCAUUUUAGUCUGGCGGUUCAUACCAUUCCCGGUGGGGGGAAGUAUGGCGAGUUAGUGUUAGAGAAGGAAUUAGAUCGAGAACAACAACAGGAGGUAACAUUAUUACUUACUGCGGUUGACGGUGGGACUCCACAGAGAUCUGGUACUGUAGUUAUACACGUUACUGUGUUGGAUGCUAACGAUAAUAAACCAGUGUUUAGCCAGAAUGUCUAUAAGGUCAGUGUACCUGAAAAUUCUCCAAUAGGGUCAUUAGUGGUUACCGUGACGGCAACAGAUGCAGACGAGGGGGCAAAUGGAGAGGUGACGUACGGAUUUGGCUCCAUCUCAGAUGAAGUGUAUCAAUUAUUUUCCCUUAAUCCCAAAACAGGUGAUAUUAAUGUAGCUGGAUUUCUGGAUUACGAAAAUGAGUCAAUUUAUGAAUUAAGUAUUCAAGGCAAAGACAACUCAGGGCUGACGUAAUUUGUCAACGUAGUUGUUGAUAUUAAAGAUGUGAAUGAUAAUGCACCAAUAAUAUUUAUCAAAUCUCUUAACAAUCCCAUCCCUGAGAACGUGUUAGCUGGUACAGAGGUGGGUAUCAUUAAUGUACAGGAUAAAGACUCGGAGGGAAAUAGACAGGUCAGCUGCUCCAUUCAACAAAAUGUUCCUUUCAAACUAAACCCCUCAAUCAAAAACUAUUAUUCUCUGAUAACAACAGGUGAACUAGACCGUGAGAUAAUAUUAGAUUAUAACAUAACUAUCACUGCCACUGACGAGGGGUCUCCACCUUUAUCCUCCUCAAAGACUAUUCAUUUAUCUGUAUCAGACGUGAAUGACAAUCCACCUGUGUUUGAAGAACAAUCCUACAGCUCCUAUGUGACUGAAAAUAACAAGCCUGGCUCCUCAAUGUGUUCUGUUACUGCCAGAGACCCAGACUGGAGACAGAAAGGCACAGUGUCUAUUCUCUAUUGCCCAGUGAGGUCAACGGUGUUCGGGUGUCCUCAUUUUUAUCCAUCAACGGAGACACGGGGGUGAUCCAUGCUCUGAGAGCAUUUGAUUAUGAGCUGUUUAGGAGCUUCCAAUUCUACAUUGUAGCCAGAGACAAUGGUUUUCCUCCACUCAGCAGUAACGUGACUGUGAGUGUCUUCAUAACAGAUGAGAAUGAUAACUCUCCCCAGAUAUUAUACCCUGCUCCAGCAGGGAACUCCUUGAUGACUGAGCUCGUCCCCAAAGGUGCUCUGGUGGGGUCCCUGGUUUCCAAGGUGAUAGCUGUGGAUGCUGACUCUGGACAGAAUGCGUGGCUUUCAUAUCAGAUUGUGAAAUCGACUGAUCCGGGACUUUUCACUAUUGGUCUCCACAGCGGAGAGAUCAGGGCACAGCGGGACAUUUCAGAAUCUGACAGUAUGAAGCAGAACCUUGUAAUAUCAGUGACAGAUAAUGGACAGCCCUCUCUCUCUACAACCUGUGAUAUGUAUUUACUCAUAUCAGAUAGCUUGGCUGAAGUUCCAGAACUGAAAGACAUGGCUUAUGAGGACAGUUCGAAGCUAACUUCCUAUUUGAUCAUCGCACUGGUCUCUGUCUCCACCUUUUUCCUGACUUUCAUUAUUCUCAUCCUGGCCGUGAGGUUCUGCCAUAGGAGAAAGCCUCGAAUGAUGUUUGAUGGAGCAGUCGCCAUUCCCAGUGCAUAUUUCCCUCCCAACUAUGCAGAGGUGGACGGAGCUGGAACACUGCAUAGUUCUUAUAAUUAUGACGCAUAUCUGACAACGGGCUCAUGCACCAGUGACUUCAAGUUUUUCAGAUCUUACAAUGACAGCACGCUGCCUGCUGAUCCUACGCUAAAGAGGAAUCAAAUUGAGUGUUUGGGAGAAAGUAUAAUCACUCUUAACGAUGUGGGCGAGUCUGAGGUGAGAUAUGAAGCAUGCAUGUAAUAGUUCACAAAAAGCUUUAUGAUAUUCCAUAACAAUUGUCAUGCAUUGUCCUGUGACAGAUUUGGAUAAGGUCAUUAAGUUUUAAGUGACCAUAGCUAUAUGUUUUACUCUGAACUUCUAUUGUUAGUUAUGGUUGACACCACAUUGCUUACACUGAGAUAAGCUUGGCAUUAGGCCUUCAGCUGAUGACAUUGUUAAGUCGAGGACUCAGAUGUUGGAGAGUUGCAUUUACAGUAGAUCUUCUCUAUUUUGGGUUUUGAGAUCGGUACACUGUAAAAAUAUGAUUCUGGGGUGAAUUGAAAUGUACAAAAAAAGCAUAUACUUCAUAAAAAUGAGUUCAAGUCGUUUUAAUGAUUUGUUAAUUUAAUUUGACAAAAAAAUACAUACAUAUAUUUUAUGAGGAUGACCAAAUAAAUAGAAAAAUUGAGUGAUUUAAUUUACUACAUUUCAAUAAAUGGAGUAAAUUUUAAUAACAAUAAUAAUAUUUCUCUCAAUUUAAUAAUUUUAAGUUCUUGCAACAACCUGCCGGUUUUUAGAGGAUUGUGGGAAAUUCAACAUUUUAAUGACAGAGGCAAAUUCAUCAUCACACAAUAAUUGCAGUUCUACCUCCAGCUACUGCAGGUGGAUUGAACACUCAGCUCGACAUUGCCUGUCAAAGUGGAUUAAAAUGGUAAAUGAUCAAAUACAUUAAACAAUGUUAAACACCAAGUGUUUUUGAAAGACUAAUACUGUAUGUUGUGUUUACUAAAUAUUUGUGUGAUAUCAACUCAUAUUUAAUCAUGUUAUCAGUAAAUCCAACACAUUGUUAUGGCUUUUAUUAAUUCCCUGGAUUUACUUUAUUUGUGUAAAUCCAAACAAUUUAUUUAAAACAUUUAGUCAAAAACAUAGGAAGUUACAUCUACUAAUAAUAUUAAAUGUCUUCUUGUUGCCCUAAUUUUUAAAGUAGAUUCAACACUUCAUUUUGUACAGUGUACUAUAUAAGUACAUUCCUUUUUACUCCAUAUUUCUUUACCACUUCCUUCCUUACCAUGGUAUUUUAGCAUGCUGGGAAAUUCUUUCACUUAAAUAAUGUCUACCUCUCAUACAUCAAUAUUGUGUAGCAUACUUAUUGCCUAGCAUGGUUACUUAGCCUACGUUCUGUGAUCUAUUAGCCUACUUCUGUUAUUAGCCCUAAGUAAGUUUCAAGAGAACACGUUUCAGAACCUUGAUGUGGACAGCGCCACUGCAUUACACAGCAUUUAUAUGUGUGAUAUGAAGUUGGGUUGUGAAUACCAGUGAAUUAUUUGAUAGUGGACUACUUGUUAUUUCAGAUAAAGGCGUUUUGAUUUUUGUGUGAGAAGUGAAUCAAGUCUUUUGACAUUGGAUGAGUUGUUAUGGUGAAUUUAACUUUCGUUAUUUGAGAAUCAAUUGGGGCAGCUGAUGUGAGUAGGGGCAUAUAGGCUUAUUUCCUAGAGACUUUCAGUGUGUGCUUGCAUCUUUGUUUUACUAAACUAACAAAUAUUAUCAGUUGGUAACACUCAGGAAAGUUUUAUUCUCUGAUUUUUGUAGGCCGACUUGUGAUUGCAGUUUUGGAAAAGUACUCCAUGUGUCGCUAUUCACCAGCUAAAGCCAUAUUUCCCAAACCAUUCCUGCAGUAGGCUAUAGGCAAAGGGGAGAGACUAAUUUUAAUACAGUGUAGGCAAGCGAAGGAUCCCAUCACUUGGUAGAACGUAACACGUAUUGACCCAGUCGCUUUUUUCAUCCCCCCCCCACCACUUAAAAUAGAUUGUUUGAUCACCGUACUAUUGGAAUAACCUUUGGUAUCUGAAAAUGGAAUGUAAAAUAUUGUCGUUCUCUGCAUCGAUGUUGGCUUUGUUUCUUUUCCUGCUGCGAACCAGCUAUGGAGACGUGACCUAUUCUUUUCCGGAGGAGAUGAAACGCGGAUCUGAGAUCGGAAAUAUAGCCAAGGAUCUCGGACUGGAUCCAAAAGGACUGUCUGUUCGGAAAGCUCGCCUAGAAAUGGAUGGUAGCAACACAUUCUAUUGUGACAUUAACCUGAGCACUGGCGACCUGGUUGUUGCUGAGAGAAUGGACAGGGAGCAGCUCUGUGGAAGAAGGGUUUCGUGUGUAUUGAAAUAUGAAAUGGUGCUCGAAAAUCCUUUAGAAUUACACCGCGUCGUUCUUCAGAUACAAGAUAUUAAUGACAAUUCACCACAAUUCGCGAACGAUCGUAUUACGUUUGAGAUCAGAGAAUCGGCAGAUAAAGGCGCUCGAUUUGCGGUCCAUCAGGCUCAUGAUGCAGAUAUAGGACUGAACGCUGUUCAAAGCUACACACUACAAAGGAACGACCAUUUUAGUUUGGCCGUUAAUACGAAACCUGGUGGGGGAAAGUAUGGGGAGUUAAAGUUAGAAAAAGAGUUAGAUCGAGAACAACAGCAGGAGGUGACUUUAUUACUUACCGCGGUUGAUGGUGGGACUCCACAGAGAUCUGGUACUGUAGUUAUACACGUCAUUGUGCUGGAUGCUAAUGAUAAUGUCCCAGAAUUUAGCCAGAACAUCUAUAAGGUCAGUAUACCUGAAAAUGCUCCCCUGGGUACAGUUGUAGUGACUGUAAGUGCCACAGAUGUUGACGAGGGACAAAAUGGUGAAGUGAUGUAUGUAUUUGGCCCCAUUUCAGAUGAAUUGAAUGAAUUAUUUUCUCUAGACCCUAAAACGGGUGACAUUACUUUAUCUGGACAGAUGGACUUCGAAAAGGAGUCUGUUUAUGAAAUGAGCAUACAGGCCCAGGACAGUUUGGGGUUGACGUCCUUUGCCAACGUUGUCGUCGAGAUUACAGAUGUAAAUGACAAUGCCCCGGUUAUAUCUCUUAAAUCUUUGACCAAUCCCAUCCCUGAGAAUGUGUUACCUGGCACAGAGGUGGGGAUAAUUAAUGUACAGGAUAUAGAUUCGGAGGGAAAUAGACAGGUCCGCUGCUCCAUUCAACAAAAUGUUCCGUUCAAACUUAACCCUUCUAUUCAAAAAUAUUAUUCUCUGGUCACAACAGUUGAACUAGACCGUGAGAUAAUAUCAGAUUAUAACAUAACUAUCACUGCCACUGACGAGGGGUCUCCACCUUUAUCCUCCUCAAAGACUAUUCAUUUAUCUGUGUCAGACGUGAAUGAUAAUCCACCUGUGUUUGAAGAACAAUCCUACAACGCCUACGUGACUGAAAAUAACAAGCCUGGCUCCUCUACGUGUUCUGUGACUGCCAGAGACCCAGACUGGAGACAGAACGGCACAGUGGUCUAUUCUCUAUUGCCCAGUGAGGUCAACGGUGUUCCAGUGUCCUCAUUUUUAUCCAUCAACGGAGACACGGGGGUGAUCCAUGCUGUGAGAGCAUUUGAUUAUGAGCUGUUUAGGAGCUUCAAAGUCCACGUUGUAGCCAGAGACAAUGGUUCUCCUCCACUCAGCAGUAACGUGACUGUGAGUGUCUUCAUAACAGAUGAGAAUGAUAACUCUCCCCAGAUAUUAUACCCUGCUUCAGCAGGGAACUCCUUGAUGACUGAGAUGGUCCCCAAAGCUGCUCUGGCGGGGUCCCUUGUUUCCAAAGUGAUAGCUGUAGAUGCUGACUCUGGACAGAAUGCGUGGCUUUCAUAUCAGAUUGUGAAAUCGACUGAUCCAGAACUUUUCACUAUUGGUCUCCACAGUGGAGAGAUCAGGGCACAGCGGGACAUUUCUGAAUCUGACAGUAUGAAGCAGAACCUUGUUAUAUCAGUGAAAGACAACGGACAGCCCUCUCUCUCUACAACCUGUGAUGUAUAUUUACUUAUAUCAGACAACUUGGCUGAAGUUCCAGAACUGAAAGACAUUACUUAUGAGGACAGUUCCAAAUGGACAAAAUUUUUAAUCAUCGCACUAGUCUCUGUUUCUACCUUUUUCCUGACUUUCAUUAUUCUCAUCUUGGCCAUGAGGUUCUGCAGUAGGAGAAAGCCUACGAUGUUGUUUGAUGGAGCAGUCGCCGUUCCCAGUGCCUAUUUCCCUCCCAACUAUGCAGAGGUGGAUGGAGCUGGAACGCUACGUAGUUCUUACAACUAUGAUGCAUACCUGACAACGGGCUCACGCACAAGUGACUUCAAGUUUGUCAGAUCUUACAAUGACAUCACGCUACCUGCUGAUCUUACACUGAAGAAGAGUCAAAUUGAGUGUUUGGGAGAAAGUAUAAUCACUCUUAACGACGCGGGGAAUACUGAGGUGAGAUUAGAAGCCUAUUUUCAGUAUUGAUUGACCUUUUAUGUUAACAAAUGUAUUGAGAUGACCACAAGUCUGUCAGAUGUUUGAAUGUGAUCACUGUGUUGUUGGCUUAUCAGACACUGCAACGUUUUUUAAUUGACUGAAUUCAGGAGGCUCCACUGGUAAUAUGUGCAUUCCAAGCAGAAUAAACAGGCUACAUCCCCCUAUGGUUUUUGGCGAGGGAUUAAACAAUAAUUGUACUAAAGUGUCUAAUGCCAGGACAUGAUGCCAUAUCUACAGACUUAGUUUAUGACUUUCUAAUGCAGGAUACAUGUUUACAAGUUUGAUGUGCUCCGUUUGUCAUUUUAAACGCAUAAUAGGCUACCAGUUUAACUAUUUGAAGUGGUGCGUCUGUAAUUAUAUAGGCCUACAAUAGGUCAUAUAGCCUGCUGCUAUAAUAAAUCAACAUGUUGAUGUCGUUUAUUGGAUAGCAAUUUGCAGCACUAAAUUAGGAAUUCUCUACUGUUGGUGCAACAGAUAAGUGGGCUAUUGCGUCAGUAAUGUUUCAGCACUGGACAGCGACCAGACUUUAAGGAUCUGGCAAUAGAGUAUCCGAGAUUAGGGUAACCUUUUCAGUCAUUGAAUAAUAUGCAAUGUAUAUAUUAUAUUAUUAUAUUAUUUCGAUUGUUUUGGGUGGAUUUUAAAAUAUAGGCCUAAAUAACAUCGCCUAUCCUGUUAUCCUAAACUACAUUGACAUUUUCUUUGAUUUUCCUCAGUUGCUUCUGAAUGAUAGACUUUGCCUAAGUCGUUAAGGCUCUCACAAAAAUGGUAUUGACUGAUGCAAAACUGGUGAUUUGUUCUGGCUGACUUGUAGGCAUGGCCCGUUUGGCAAUAUUUAAGUAGCAUAUUUUUACAGUAAGAUAUUGGAUACAUCUUGUUCAGUAACUUUGGAGUGUUACUGUAGUUUUUGUGAAAAUACUCAAUGUGUCGCUGUUCACCUUCUCUGGGUGAAUGAAUGCUUGUGUCCCCACCCAGUAGAUUAACAAAUACGGGGAGGAGACUUGUUUCGGCAGUGGGGAAAAAAACAACGCAAUGACUAGUUUCAACAUAUUCCAUAUUCUUGCUUAGACAGAAUAUCGGAACUUGGACUACAAUUUUUUUAUGGCAUAACGAAUUCUGUAAAUCACCAACUUAAGGAUAGGAACGCUCCCAAGUUAACGAUGGUGGAUACAAUAUUUUUGGUCUCUGCCUCCGUUCUCUCCUCUGUUUUCUUUCUUGUUCUGCCUGACACCACGCAUGGAGACAUGAGCUACUCUUCACCCGAGGAAGCUAAGCGUGGAUUUAUCAUUGGAAAUAUAGCCAAGGAUCUCGGGCUGGAUGCGAAGAGAUUCUCUGAUCGCAAAGCUCGGUUGGAUAUGGAUGGCAUCAGCCAACGUUAUUGUGACAUCGACCUCGCGGCUGGCAAUCUUAUUGUGACGGAUAGAAUAGAUAGAGAGGAGCUGUGUGGUUCGAAGAUUACUUGUGCAUUAAAAUAUGAGCUUGUGCUUGAAAACCCUCUGGAGCUGCAUCGUAUUACUGUGCAAAUUCAAGACGUAAACGACAAUUCACCUCGAUUCCCUAAUGAACGCAUGGAUCUAGAAAUAAGGGAAUCGGCUGACAAAGGGGAACGUUUUCCCUUAGACGAAGCCCAUGAUUCGGACAUAGGAUUAAACACGGUGCAAAGCUAUACGCUCGACAAGAAUGAACAUUUCGUUUUGGCCGUUCAUACAAAUAGAGACGGUGGGAAAUACAGUGAGUUAGUGUUAGAGAAAGAGCUGGAUCGAGAAAAGCAAGAGGAGGUGACAUUGUUACUUACUGCGGUUGACGGUGGGUCUCCACAGAGAUCUGGUACUGUUGCUAUACACGUCACUGUGUUGGAUACUAACGAUAAUAUUCCAGUGUUUAGUCAGGAUGUUUAUAGAGUCAGUCUACCCGAAAAUCCCCCUUUAGAUACUGUAGUGGUAACUGUCAGCGCCACUGACUUAGAUAAGGGGGCAAAUGGGGAAGUGACGUAUGACUUCAGUAGUAUAUCUGAUAAAGCAUCGACGGUGUUUUCUAUAGAUAAAGGGACUGGUGUAAUCAGAGUAGUCGGACCUGUGGACUUUGAGGAGAGGACAGAUUAUGAAAUGCGCGUCCAAGCCAAAGAUGGGUCAGGUUUAGCUUCUAACACAAAGGUAAUCAUAGAUAUAAACCGAUAUAAAUGAUAAUGCACCAGUGAUAUUCAUUAAGUCACUUAGCAAUCCCAUCCCCUGAGAACGUGUUACUUGGUACAGAGGUGGGCAUCAUUAAUGUACAGGAUAAAGACUCUGAGGGAAAUAGACAGGUCCGCUGCUCCAUUCAACAAAAUGUCCCUUUCAAAUUAAACCCCUCAAUCAAAAACUAUUAUUCUCUGGUAACAACUAGUGAACUAGACCGUGAGAUAAUAUCAGAUUAUAACAUAACUGUCACUGCCACUGACGAGGGGUUUCCACCUUUAUCCUCCUCAACGACUAUUCAUGUAUCUGUGUCAGACGUGAAUGACAACCCACCUGUGUUUGAAGAACAAUCCUACAGCUCCUACGUGACUGAAAAUAACAAGCCUGGCUCCUCUAUGUGUUCCGUUACUGCCAGAGACCCAGACUGGAGACAGAACGGCACAGUGGUCUAUUCUUUAUUGCCCAGUGAGGUCAACGGUGUUCCGGUGUCCUCAUUUUUAUCCAUCAACGGAGAAACGGGGGUGAUCCAUGCUGCGAGAGCAUUUGAUUAUGAGCUGUUUAGGAGCUUCAAAGUCCACGUUGUAGCGAAAGACAAUGGUUCACCUCCACUCAGCAGUAACGUGACUGUGAGUGUCUUCAUAACAGAUGAGAAUGAUAACUCUCCACAGAUAUUAUACCCUGAUCCAGCAGGAAACUCCUUGAUGACUGAGAUGGUCCCCAAAGCUGCUCUGGCGGGGUCCCUUGUUUCCAAGGUGAUAGCUGUGGAUGCUGACUCUGGACAGAACGCGUGGCUUUUAUAUCAGAUUGUGAAAUCGACUGAUCCUGGACUUUUCACUAUUGGUCUCCACAGUGGCGAGAUCAGGUCACAGCGGGACAUUUCUGAAUCUGACAGUAUGAAGCAGAACCUUGUUAUAUCAGUGACAGAUAACGGACAGCCCUCUCUCUAUACAACCUGUGAUGUAUAUUUACUCAUAUCAGAUAGCUUGGCUGAAGUUCCAGAACUGAAAGACAUGGCUUAUGAGGACAGUUCGAAGCUAACUUCCUAUUUGAUCAUCGCACUGGUCUCGGUUUCCACCUUUUUCCUGACUUUCAUUAUUCUCAUCCUGGCCGUGAGGUUCUGUCGUAGGAGAAAGCCUAGAAUGUUGUUUGAUGGAGCAGUUGCCAUUCCCAGUGCGUAUUUCCCUCCCAACUAUGCAGAGGUGGAUGGAGCUGGAACUCUGCGUAGUUCUUACAAUUAUGAUGCAUAUCUGACAACGGGCUCACGCACCAAGUGACUUCAAGUUUGUCAGAUCUUACAAUGACAGCACGCUGCAUGCUGAUCUUACACUGAAGAGGAGCCCAGAUAAGUUAUUUGAAGGGAGUAUCAUCACUCUCAACACUGCAGGAGACUCUGAGGUAACCCAUGCCUUUAAUUAGCAUUUUAUUUUUGAAACAAAAUAUUACUCAUUUGCUUCUUGGCAAUAACAAUCUUCCGAACGUGAAAAAGUCCUAACGCUAUGUUUUAAUAGCAGGUGGUAUAUUAAAGUGAGCAAAACAGCAGUAGUAUUCUCUUCUAGUAUGAGAUUAUGGUGCAACAUGAAGUAAUCUGAAGAGUAUGCAGCUACAGUUCUUGUAUUGUUUUGAAUGUAUUUAUAAUUUGUCAUGGCGACUUCUAGGCUGUUCUUUCGUAUCUUGGAUAAAUAGACUCCAAAAUUAAAAUCAGCUUAUGUCUUCUAUUCCGCCUGUAGCCUACUGCUACAUACAGGCAACUUGCUCACGCAAUUUGAUACCACUUCCAGUGAAAUAUUAUCAAUAUAUAAUACUGAAUAUUAUCAAAGUGGCAUAUUCUCCUACAGAUGUAGGAUCUUAAUUUGAGCCAGUUUGCUACAGCAGGAAAAUAAUCCUGAAGCAAGAGGACAUUUAGAUUAUUAUGUGGGUUAUAAUUAAUGGACAUUUUUGUCGGGGUUGAUACAUGUUUUGUUAGGGAAAAUCAAGUCUAAAAUGUCAAAGUGGAAAUUACAAACUUCAGAAGCCUUUUUAAACCUCAAAUGUACUACACGUUUUACAUUUCCUGCAUUGGUGAUCAAAUUAAGACCCUACAUCUGUAUUGCUGUACCCGAGUUUUUCUGCUUCUGCUAAAUUUAAGUUGGUCAAUUAUUUCAAUAUAUUCUGUUUCAGUGUUCAUUGCAGUGUAGCCUACAGGACUUAAAUUUAUAGAUUCACACGCUGAAAAUACAAAUCACAUCGCCUUCCAAUUCUGAUGAAGCUAUGCUAGCACUGUUUCAGCACCACACCCAUAGACAGCGCAACUGAGAAGCCUGUUUCUCAGUGAAAAAGGCAAAGCUGCAAGUGCUCAUUCUCCACCUAUACGUCUUUGAAACAGGUUUCCGCCAAUACUUAAGUUAACCUAGAUAUAUUUUGGAUGCUAUGUUUGAAAUAGAAAAAUACAAAAAUGUUCCCCAAUUGUAUGCUACUUCCGCGCAUUCACAUUCACACUUUCUAUGAAAACAGUCUAGCUUGAACUUCAUGGGGGAUUAUGAAUUUAAGAGGUUUAUUUGGAUGCAAUUUAUUGUAGUCUUCAUUGAAAUACUCUAAGUGUCGCUGUUCACUAUAUAUUGGCCGAUAGGCACAUCUAUCCGCCUAUCCACGCAUAGAAAAGGAGGAGAUAUAGGCCUACUUUGGUCAGUGUGACAAACCAUCGUCUCGAUUAGACAGAUGCUUAGCGUGUAUCGUCGGCUAUUCCACACCUUAACCGAGCAAAUGUUUCAUUUUGAGGGCUGAACAAUAUAUUUACCACGAUUCUUAGUUGGACUACUUGUGUCAUUUGAGAAGAUGGAGUACAUCGGAUUAUCAUUGUCUGUUUCGACGUUCGGUCUGAUUUUCCUUAUUUUCAUGGUGUGCACGAGCUAUUGGGGAUAUGAUCUAUUCUAUUCCGGAGGAGAUGAAACGCGGAUCUGUGAUCGCGAAUAUAGGCAAUGACCUCGGUCUCGAUGCGAGAAUAUUUUCAUCUCGCAAGGCUCGUUUGGAUAUGGAUGGAAGUCGUCAACGUUGCUGUGACAUUAAUCUGAAUACUGGAGAUUUAGUUGUGGCUGAAACAAUAGACAGGGAGGAGUUGUGUGGACCGAAGGUUUCUUGUACCUUGAAAUACGAGCUUGUGUUGGAGAACCCUCUGGAAUUACAUCGUAUUCAUGUGCAAGUCCAAGAUAUAAAUGAUAACACCCCGACAUUUUCUAACACUCAAAUUAAUCUAGAAAUCCAUGAGUCUGCCGUUAGAGGAACACGUUACCUUCUUAGCGAAGCCCAUGAUGCGGAUAUAGGACACAAUGCAGUUCAAAAAUAUUCACUCGAAACAAACAACUAUUUUGUUUUAGGUGUUCAUACAAACCCAGAUGGUGGAAAAUACGGUGAGUUAGUUUUAGAGAAGGAAUUAGAUCGAGAACAACAGCAGGAGGUGACAUUGAUACUUACUGCGGUUGACGGUGGGAACUCCACAGAGAUCUGGUACUGUAGUUAUACACGUUACGGUUCUAGACGCUAACGAUAAUAUUCCAGUGUUUACUCAGAACGCCUAUAAGGUCAGUCUACCUGAAAAUUCUCCAUUAGGUACCGUAGUAAGUACAGUGACUGCUAUUGAUGCAGACGAGGGACCUAAUGGCGAUGUGACCUAUGAACUCAGUCGUAUAAGUAACAAAGCAGGGAAGCUGUUUUCGAUUAACAAGACAACUGGAGAAAUAAAAGUAAUCGGCCCUAUUGAUUUCGAAGACGAAACAUAUUAUGAAAUGAGCGUGCAGGCAAAAGAUGGUUUAGGGUCAGCCUCAAAUUGUAAAGUUACUAUAGAAAUCACAAAUGUGAAUGAUAAUGCACCAAUAAUAUUGAUCAAAUCGCUUAGCAAUCCCAUCCCUGAGAAUGUGUUACCUGGUACAGAGGUGGGCAUCAUUAAUGUACAGGAUAUAGACUCGGAGGGAAAUAGACAGGUCCGCUGUGCCAUUCAACAAAAUGUUCCUUUCAAACUUAACCCUUCUAUUAAAAAAUAUUAUUCUCUGGUAACAACAGCAGAACUAGACCGUGAGAUAAUAUCAGAUUAUAACAUAACUAUCACUGCCACUGACGAGGGGUCUCCACCUUUAUCCUCCUCAAAGACUAUUCAUUUAUCUGUGUCAGACGUGAAUGACAAUCCCACCUGUGUUUGAAGAACAAUCCUACAGCUCCUAUGUAACUGAAAAUAACAAGCCUGGCUCCUCUAUGUGUUAUGUUACCGCCAGAGACCCAGACUGGAGACAGAACGGCACAGUGGUUUAUUCUCUAUUGCCCAGUGAGGUCAACGGUUUUCCGGUGUCCUCAUUUCUAUCCAUCAACGGAGACACGGGGGUGAUCCAUACUGUGAGAGCAUUUGAUUAUGAGCUGUUUAGGAGCUUCAAAGUCCACGUUGUAGCCAGAGACAAUGGUUCUCCUCCACUCAGCAGAAACGUGACUGUGAGUGUCUUCAUAACAGAUGAGAAUGAUAACUCUGCCCAGAUAUUAUACCCUGCUCCAGCAGGGAACUCCUUGAUGACUGAGAUGGUCCCCAAAGCUGCUCUGGCGGGGUCCCUUGUUUCCAAAGUGAUAGCUGUAGAUGCUGACUCUGGACAGAAUGCGUGGCUUUCAUAUCAGAUCGUGAAAUCGACUGAUCCAGGACUUUUCACGAUUGGUCUCCACAGUGGAGAGAUCAGGGCACAGCGGGACAUUUCUGAAUCUGACAGUAUGAAGCAGAACCUUGUUAUAUCAGUGAAAGAUAACGGACAGCCCUCUCUCUCUACAACCUGUGAUAUGUAUUUACUCAUAUCAGACAACUUGGCUGAAGUUCCAGAACUGAAAGACAUGGCUGAUGAGGAUAGUUCCAAACUAACUUCCUAUCUGAUCAUUGCACUGGUCUCUGUCUCCACCUUUUUUCUGACUUUCAUUAUUCUCAUCCUGGCUGUGAGGUUCUGUCGUAGGAGAAAGCCUAGAAUGAUGUUUGAUGGAGCAGUCGCCAUUCCCAGCGCAUAUUUCCCUCCCAACUAUGCAGAGGUGGACGGAGCUGGAACUCUGCGUAGUUCUUACAAUUAUGAUGCAUACCUGACAACGGGCUCACGCACCAGUGACUUCAAUUUUGUCAGAUCUUACAAUGACAUCACGCUGCCUUCUGAUCUUACACUUAAGAGGAGUCAAGUUGAAUGUUUCGGGAGAAAGUAUAAUCAAUCUAAACGACGCAGGGGAUAUUGAGGUGAGAUUAUAAGCCUAUUUUGGGUAUUGAUUGCCCAUUUACUUUAUGAAACAACUAUUGAUCGUGUCCACAAGCCUGUCAGAUAUUUCAAUUUAAUCGCUGUGCUGGCUCAUCAGACACGGCAAGGUUUGUAAAUUGACUGAAUUCAGGAGUUUCCACUGCUAAUAUGUGCUUUCCAAAACCUACGGAUUUGGCCAGAGUUUAAUCGCUUUCAAACAAUUUUACUCAAGUAUCUAAUUCCAGGGCAGGGUGCCAUACCUACAGACUUCUUUGAUUACUUGUUUAAUGCAUGAUACAUGUUUACAAUUACAACUUUGAAGUGCUUUGUUUGUCAUUUUAAAUUACCUAUUAACUAUUUGAAGUUUUCUGUCUCUGUAAAAAGAUAGGCUAGGUCUAAGGCUGCUGCUUUAAGUCAACAUGUUUGUGGUUUGUUGGAUAGCAAUUUGCAGCAGUACAUGUUAUUCUCUCCCUAACGUUUGGUGUGACAGAUAAGUAAGUGGGCUAUAGCGUCGGCCCUGUUUCAGCACUGGACAGCGACCAUACAUUCAGUAUCUGGCAAUAGAGUAUCCAAGAUGAGGGUACCCUUUUCAGUCAAUGACUAUUUUGAUUGAUUUUGGGUGAUGUUUUUUAUAUAAAUUACCAAAGUCUUGAUAAUGAACAACUGUUUUUUAAUAAUAAGAUUUGAGAAGUUUUACAAUAUUGGCCUAAAUAAUAUAGCCUGUCCUGUUAUCCUAAACUUCCGUGACAUUUUCUUUGGUUUUCCUCAGUUUCUUCUGAAUGAUAGAUAGACAUUGUCUAGGUGGUUAAGGCUAUAAGACAUUUUUUAUUGACUGAUUCAAAACUGGUGAUUUGUUCUAUCUAUAAACUGCAGUGUAGGCAUGCCUGUAUGGCAAUAUUUAAGUAUAGCACAUUUCACAGUAAGAUAUUGAAUGAAUCUUGUUCAAUGUACUGUAUAUUCAGUAACUUCGUAGUGUGACUGCAGUUUUUGUGAAAAUACUCAAUGUGUCGCUGUUCACCUUCUCUGGGUGAAUGAAUGCUUGUGUCCCCACCCAGUAGAUUAACAUAUACAGGGAGGAGAUUUGUUUCGGCAGUGGGGAAAAACGUCGCAUUGACUGGUUUCAACAUUUAUCGUUGCUUGGACAGAAUUAGGAUUGUAACGUUGGCUACGUAUUUUGUGGCAUAACGAAUUUGGUAAAUCACCAUCUUAAGGAUAGGAAUAUCAAACGUUCCAAAGUUGAUGAUGGUGGUCAAAAUAUUUCUGGUCUCUGCCUUCAAGCUCUGCUUGGUUUUCUUUCUUGUUCUCCCUCACACCACACAUGGAGACACGAGCUACUCUUCACCCGAGGAAGCUAAGCGUGGAUUUAUCAUUGGGAAUAUAGCCAAGGAUCUCGGACUGGAUGCGAAGAGAUUAUCUGAUCGCAAAGCUCGGUUGGAUAUGGAUGGCAUCAGCAAACGUUAUUGUGACAUCGACCUCGCUGCGGGCAACCUUAUUGUGACGGAUAGAAUAGAUAGAGAGGAGCUGUGUGGUUCGAAGCUUACGUGUGCACUAAAAUAUGAACUUGUGGUUGAAAACCCUCUCGAGCUUCAUCAUAUCACUGUGCAAAUUCAAGACGUAAACGAUAACUCACCUCGAUUUCCCAAUGAGCGCAUGGAUCUAGAAAUUACAGAAUCGGCUGAUAAAGGUCGACGUUUUCCAGUAGACGAAGCGCAUGAUGCAGAUGUAGGAUUAAACUCAGUGCAAAGCUAUACGCUCGAGAGGAAUGACUUUUUUGAUUUGGCUGUUCAUACAAAUAGAGACGGUGGGAAACACGGUGAGUUAGUGUUAGAGAAAGAACUGGAUCGAGAAAAGCAAGAGGAGGUGACAUUGUUACUUACUGCGGUUGACGGUGGGUCUCCACAUAGAUCUGGUACUGUUGCUAUACACGUCACUGUGUUGGAUACUAAUGAUAAUAUUCCAGUGUUUAGUCAGGAUGUUUAUAGAGUCAGUCUACCCGAAAAUCCCCCUUUAGAUACUGUAGUGGUAACUGUCAGCGCCACUGACGCAGAUAAGGGUGCAAAUGGGGAAGUGACGUAUGACUUCAGUACUAUAUCUGAUAAAGCAUCAUCGAUUUUUUCUAUAGACAAAGGGACUGGUGUAAUUAGAGUAGUCGGACCUGUGGACUUUGAGGAGAGGACAGAUUAUGAAAUGCGUGUCCAAGCCAAAGAUUGGAUCAGGCUUAGCUUCUAACACAAAAGUAAUCAUAGAUAUAACCGACAUAAAUGACAACGCACCAGUAAUAUUCAUCAAAUCACUUAGCAAUCCUAUCCCCGAGAACGUGUUACUUGGUACAGAGGUGGGGAUCAUUAAUGUACAGGAUAAAGACUCGGAGGGAAAUAGACAGGUCCGCUGCUCCAUUCAACAAAAUGUCCCUUUCAAAUUAAACCCGUCUAUCAAAAACUACUAUUCUCUGAUAACAACAGGUGAAUUAGACCGUGAGAUAAUAUCAGAUUAUAACAUAACUAUCACUGCCACUGACGAGGGGUCUCCACCUUUAUCCUCCUCAAAGACUAUUCAUUUAUCUGUAUCAGACGUGAAUGACAACCCACCUGCGUUUGAAGAACAAUCCUACAGCACAUAUGUGACUGAAAAUAACAAGCCUGGCUCCUCUAUGUGUUCUGUUACCGCCAGAGACCCAGACUGGAGACAGAACGGCACAGUGGUCUAUUCUCUAUUGCCCAGUGAGGUCAACGGUGUUCCGGUGUCCUCAUUUUUAUCCAUCAAUGGAGACACGGGGGUGAUCCAUGCUGUGAGAGCAUUUGAUUAUGAGCAAUUUAGGAGUUUCAAAGUCCACGUUGUAGCGAGAGACAAUGGUUCUCCUCCACUCAGCAGUAACGUGACAGUGAGUGUCUUCAUAACAGAUGAGAAUGAUAACUCUCCCCAUAUAUUAUACCCUGCUCCAGCAGGGAACUCCUUGAUGACUGAGCUCGUCCCCAAAGGUGCUCUGGCGGGUUCACUGGUUUCCAAAGUGAUAGCUGUAGAUGCUGACUCUGGACUCUGGACUUUCAUAUCAGAUCGUGAAAUCGACUGAUUCUGGACUUUUCAUUAUUGGUCUCCACAGCGGAGAGAUCAGGGCACAGCGGGACAUUUCUGAAUCUGACAGUAUGAAGCAGAACCUUGUUAUAUCAGUAUAAGAUAACGGACAUUCCUCUCUCUCUACAACCUCUAAUGUAUAUUUACUCAUAUCAGACAACUUGGCUGAAGUUCCGGAGUUAAAAGACAUGGCCUAUGAGGACAGUUCCAAGCUAACUUCCUAUUUGAUCAUUGCACUGGUCUCUGUUUCCACCUUUUUUCUGUCUUUCAUUAUUCUCAUCCUGGCGGUGAGGUUCUGUCGUAGGAGAAAGCCUACAAUGUUGUUUGAUGGAGCAGUCGCCAUUCCCAGCGCGUAUUUCCCUCCCAACUAUGCAGAGGUCGAUGGAGCUGGAACUUUACGCAGUUCUUACAAUUAUGACGCAUACCUGACAACGGGCUCACGCACCAGUGACUUCAAGUUUGUCAGAUCUUACAAUGACAGCACGCUGCCUGCUGUUCGUACACUGAAGAAACCAGCUGAGCCUAUUGGCGAAAGUAUAAUUACUCUGAACAGUGCAGAAAAUUGUGAUGAGGUAAGAUAACAGUGGCCUGAAAAAAUUUAUUGAGUUAUCACAUUUAAAUAUGAGUUGGAACAUCAAUUUUAAGGCAUGGUAGGCUUGGCAUAGCCAAUUUAAUUCAAUACAUUUCAACAGUUUCAGUUUGUUUACUUUGUGCCAUCAUUGGUUUUGCUCCUCGCUCUUAUAAGAACUCUGUCCAUGAAAAUCAGUGCAGCACUCUUAAAUAAUUUCUGGGCAUAGUGAAACUUGAAUGGGUAGCCAAAGGUUCUAAAUAUUUGCUAACAGUUUCUUUCUUUCUUUCUUUCUUUCUUUCUUUCUUUCUUUCUUUCUUUCUUUCUUUCUUUCUUUCUUUCUUUCUUUCUUUCUUUCUUUCUUUCUUUCUUUCUUUCUUUCCUUCUUUCUUUCUUUCUUUCUUUCUUUUGUGUGGUGUCGACACAACAUUUAAGAGAUCAUAUGGCAGCCGUCCGCCCUUUCGAGGUCGUUGGUGUUUCAGCACCACUAUUGUGGAUAACCCCCACCAUUCUGCAGGCUUCUGCAAUGGAAUGACUAAAGCUAUCUAUAGUUUAACCUUUUCUGAUCUUAGGUUUUUCUAAGGAACAUCAUCAGGGAUUUUUACCGUUUGAAAUCAUUAUUUAAUUAGAUUUGUAUUUAUUUUACAUAUCAUUCAACGUUUAAUGCAGUGUUUCUUUUUUUCUUUACGAAUCUUUUUCCGUUUUAAACCCAGAGCAUACAGACGUUUAUAACAUAAGGAUUUACUUAAGACUAUACAGUGAAUAUAGAUUUGAUUUAUUAUCACGUUUGUUUGCUUCAGUUACCCUGCUGCUGUUUUUGGAAUUCUUCUUGAUAUUUUCCAACUUCUCUCGAAAUCCUCUGUAAUCCUAUAGCGGAUCUUAUGAUAGCAGGCUACCUCUGACUUUGAUUGUUCACUAUAAUAUACAUCUUAUGAAGUGUAGGCUAUCGAUUGUUUCAUCAAUUGUUAAACAUUGAGAAAUGGGCCUUUAAGCUCCCUGCGCACCAACACCACACCUUUUUUGGCCCGUUUAUUUAUUUGUUUUGAGUAAGUAACUGUAGUGUUGAAAUAAAUACUCAGUGUGUCGCUAUAUACCAACCGUGAACUGAUAUAUGUAUCUCUCCUCCCACAACUGUAAUAUUCAAAAGCAAGAAAACGCCCUACUGAGUCACAUACUAUCCCAGGAGAAAAUGGAUGUAUGCUCUGCUUCUUUUCUCUUCGUAUAGCCAACAGUUUGAAUCAUUAUUCAUCACGAACAACUGGACUAUUCUGUGCAUUAUCUCUGUCUUCCAGGCAUAUGUCGAUAAUGGGACACAA